AUGUUGAUAGCAGCAAGGACUCCACCCAUGGGAUCAUGGAGAAACCCACCUGAGCGCAUUAUGUCAAUCUUGAAUCUAGCACUUCAGGCUGUCGGUUUAAUGAGAUCACAGGCUUCAGAUGAGUGUGAAAAAAAGCUACGUUCAGCCAAUGGAUUAGGACAGCUCAGGGAAGUGGCAAAGGAUCCAGCAAUGCGGCAGGAAAUGAAAGACUCUAUUGAGCCAGUAAAGGUCCUUCUUACUCAGAUGUUCAGGAGACUUUAUUUGAAGGACAAGAAGUUCAAAUGUUUCCAAGCUGCUACAGAGGAAGCAAUUGAAGCCCUUUGGGAACAGCUGCAAAAGUUUGGUCCUCCCUUAGGACAUGAUAUGAAACAACCAAGCCUGAAAAAAGAACUUAAAGACAGUGUCAAUUUUACCAUGUAUUUCACAGGAGAGGAUGGACAUUAUAAAGAGUUUGAAGAAGUCUAUGGUACAGAUACCACAGAAGAGUAUCGUCCUUCACUACAGCAAAAAGUGCCAGAGCUUGCUGCAAACAGUCAUGGCAUACCCUUUGCUCCUUCUGCUCAAACUGCAAGAACUGUUGGCAAAACUGUGAAGUGUAUAGCAUGUGAUAAACCAAGAGUCAUUUAUUCUACUCACAAACUUACAACGCAAGAUCACAUGAUUCUGAAACGUGUUUUGGAUCUUUAUCAAUAUUCCUGUGGAUGUGAGCUUCAAGAGCUCAUGCCACAAGAGAGAGAAAGGGCUCCAAAGAUAUCUGCCCUUCUUGAUCGGCUCCCAUCCUCUUUCAAGUAUUAG